AAAAGUAGUGCUGCUGCUCCCGCGGUCUGCACCUCAGGCCCUCCCGUCGCCAGCUGUCGCCGACAUGGAAUCCGUGGCCAGCAACAUCCAGGUCCUGCUGCAGGCGGCCGAGUUCCUGGAACGCCGAGAGAGAGAGGCUGAGCAUGGAUACGCGUCCCUGUUCCCGCACCGAAGUCCGGGCCCUGUCCACAGAAAGAGGAAGGGAUCUCCCCAAGCUCUUGGCGCGUUGGACAGUGGGCGGUCUGUGCACAACGAACUGGAGAAGCGCAGGAGGGCCCAGCUGAAGCGGUGCCUGGAGCAGCUGAAGCAGCAGAUGCCCCUGGGGGCUGACUGUGCCCGAUACACCACACUGAGCCUUCUGCACCGGGCCAGGAUGCACAUCCAAAAGCUGGAGGAGCAGGAGCAGCGGGCCCAGAGGCUCAAGGAGAAGCUGCGCAGCAAGCAGCAGAACCUGCAGCAGCAGCUGGAGCAGCUCCGGGGUUGGGCAGGGGCAGGCGAGUGGGAGCGGCUGCGGACAGACAGCCUGGACUCCUCAGGCCUCUCCUCUGAGCGUUCCGAUUCAGACCAAGGUGAGUGCCCUGAAGUGGAGGGUUGGGUGGGCCAGUGGGCCAGGUAUCCUGACUGGACCGUCCCUGUGCAGAGGAGCUGGAGGUGGACGUGGAGAGCGUAGUGUUCGGGGGUGAGGCCGAGCUGCUGCGGGGCUUCAGUGCAGGCCAGGAGCACAGCUACUCACACAGCGGUACCUGGCUAUGACCCUCACGGCCCAAGUGCGCCUCUGCCCUCCGACCACCCUCCGCUCCACUCUGCCAGGCAGGAGCCCUUCCCAAACCUCAAGGGCUGCUCAGUCACCUCCUGUUGGAAUGGACUAAACGGACCUUUGCACGGGAACAGGUGCUCCCCCUGCCCUGCUGCUGUCUCCAAUAGUCUCUCCUAUUGGAGGGGACCUGGCUCCCGAGCCCAGCAGGGCAAGCAGCUUGGGCCUGGGCCACUCUUCCAGGCAUUUUUUGUGUUUUCAUUAAAAGGCUUUCUUAAUUUCCUGUCCAUGGUCUUGCCUGAUGAAAAUGGGGAAACUCCCAGCCAUAAAAUGGGAAAGAAGAAAUGA